AUGUCUCACGCUAUUAUUAUUUCCAACAUCCCAGUCGAAGUUACUAACCAGACACUCCAAUCUUUUAUUGAAACUGGUGAUCACAGAUUUAAGGGUAUAAAGGUUUCCCAUAUCCAAGAAUUUCCAGAUGUGGCCCAUAGUGUCAGCGCUGAUGGUAAAACCAAGACUAUUCAAGCCUUUUUCAAGCAUGAAGAUGAUGCUCUUAAUGCUGGUGAAUUAUUUGAAGAUGAAGAAAGUACCUACAAAUUAAUUGCAUUGCAAGAGAAGAACAAUGGCGGUAAAAAGAUUCAUCAUAACGGUAAAGUUAAAACAGCCAAGGCUUAA